GGGAUUCUCCCUCUCUCUCUGCCCCUCCCCGUCUCAUGCUGAAUCUGUCUCUCUCAACAUAAAUAAAUAAACUUAAAAAAAAAUAGUUCUGGAAUAACUGGAUAGCUAUACAGUUUAAAAGUUAGUCAAUAUGUUUGGCCUUUGCAUUAAAAUUAAUUCAAGAUGGAUCAAAGAUUUAAACGUAUGAAAUGACACCAUAAAAAUGCUGGUGGAAUUCAUAGGAAAAAAUUCUUAAAAGAAUAAUCUUAAAAUGGGGAAGACCUUUCUAAAUAGGAAAGAGCCUAGAGUGCUUGAGCUGCAGGAACUGGGUCCAGCCCUCGAGGGACCUGUGCCCUGACCCUCCCCAGUGGCCUUCUUUGUAUCAGCUGUUUCUGCUGCUGCAGUAGAUACUUUCAGGUGCAAUUUCCUGCAAGGUGGGGCACCCAUCUCAGGCAGGUUUUGUGCACCCCACUGACUACCCCACAGGGCCCUCGCUGCCGGUGGCCUCAGGAUGAAAGCGGAGACCCCUGUGAACAGCACAAUGAGUACUGAGCAAGCCCGCAAGAUGGUGGAACAGCUUAAGAGUGAAGCCACCUUGUGCCGGAUAAAGGUGUUCAAGGCAGCAGCAGACUUGAUGGCUUACUGUGAUGCCCACUCCUGCGAGGAUCCCCUCAUCACCCCUGUGCCCACUUUGGAGAACCUCUUCUGGGAGAAGAAGUUCUUCUGUGCCCUCCUUUGAAUUGCUCUGUCCCUCCCCACAAGCUCUUCACCUUUCCCUCUCCUAGGCCCUUCCUUAGGUCAGUAACUGUCGUGAGCCCCUGAGGGUCCCUGCGUCCCAUCCCUAGCCCUUGUCCAACCCUGUGAG